UCCACCAUGAGGCGAGGUGGUUGGAGGAAACGAACUGAAAAUGAUGGCUGGCAAAAAUGGGGUGGGUAUAUGGCUGCAAAGGUCCAGAAAUUGGAGGAACAGUUUCGGUCAGAUGCUGCUAUACAGAAGGAUGGAAAUUCAUCUACGAUUUUUAGUGGAGUUGCCAUCUAUGUUAAUGGCUAUACAGAUCCUUCUGCUGAAGAAUUGAGAAAGCUGAUGAUGCUCCAUGGAGGCCAGUACCAUGUGUAUUAUUCCAGAUCCAAAACAACACACAUUAUUGCCACAAAUCUUCCUAAUGCCAAAAUUAAAGAAUUAAAGGGGGAAAAAGUAAUUCGACCAGAGUGGAUUGUGGAAAGCAUUAAAGCUGGAAAACUCCUGUCCUACAUUCCUUAUCAGCUGUAUACCAAGCAGUCCAGUGUGCAGAAAAGUCUCAACUUUAAUUCCGUGUGCAGACCUGAAGAGCCUGUGCCAGGUCCAAGCAACAUAGCUAAACAGCUCAACAACAGGGUAAAUCACAUAAUUAAGAAGAUAGAGACAGAAAAUGAAAUCAAAGCCAAUGGAAUAGACAGUUGGAAUGAAGAUGCAAAUAAUGACUCUGAAUGUGUGGAGCUGGAACAGAUCCUUCUAGAACGGAAACAGAAUGGAAUUCCACAUCACAGAGACAGCUCUGCCAUGUUUAAUGGUCACACUCCCAGCCCUAAUGGUGCCUUAAAGACACAGGAUUGCUUCGUUCCCAUGGGCAACAGUGUUGCCAGUAGGCUUUCUCCAGACUGUGUGGAGGAGGAAAAGACCGAGAAAAAUAGCACUGACUUCAGAGACUGCACUGCACUUCAGCUGCAGCAGAGCAGCGGAAACACAGAUGCUCUGCAAGAUCCACACAGAACUAAUUCUCUCUCAUUGUCAUCUUUGCAUAGUACCACUAAAAUAAAUGGUGCUCACCAAUCCACUGUUCAGGGGCCUUCAAGCACAAAAAGCACUUGUUCAAUACCUACUCUUAGCAAGGCAGCACCUUCAGUGCCGUCUAAGCCUUCAGACUGCAGUUUUAUUUCAGACUUCUAUUCUCGUUCAAGACUACAUCACAUAUCAACGUGGAAGUGUGAAUUGACUGAAUUUGUCAAUACCCUACAAAGACAAAGUAGUGGUGUCUUCCCAGGAAGGGAAAAAUUAAAAAAAAUGAAAACAGGCAGGACUGCACUUAAUGUAACUGACACAGGAAAUGUAUCAGCGUUGAGUUCACCCAGACAUCAGAGUUGUAUAAUGCAUGUUGAUAUGGAUUGCUUCUUUGUAUCAGUGGGUAUACGAAAUAGACCAGAUCUCAAAGGAAAGCCAGUGGCUGUCACAAGUAACAGAGGCACAGGAAGGGCACCUUUACGCCCUGGUGUUAACCCCCUGUUGGAGUGGCAUUAUUAUCAGAAUAAAGUCCUGAAAGGCAAAGCAGAAAUACCUGAUCCAUCAGUUUGGGAGAAUCAAGAUUUUGCACAAAUCAAUGGAAUGGAUUCUGUUUUGUCAAAGGCUGAAAUUGCAUCUUGUAGUUAUGAAGCCAGACAAGUUGGCGUUAGGAAUGGAAUGUUUUUUGGGCAAGCUAAGCAGCUGUGUCCCAGUCUUCAAGCUGUUCCAUAUGAUUUUCAUGCGUAUAAGGAAGUUGCACGAACGAUGUAUGAAACACUGGCAAGCUAUACUCAUAAAAUUGAAGCUGUCAGUUGUGAUGAAGCACUAGUAGACAUCACUGAAAUUCUUGCAGAGACUCGACUUACACCUGAUGAAUUUGCAAAUGUUAUCCGUAUGGAAAUCAAAGACCAAACUAAAUGUGCUGCCUCAGUUGGAAUUGGUUCUAAUAUUCUCCUGGCAAAAAUGGCAACUAGAAAAGCAAAACCAGAUGGGCAGUACCACUUAAAGCCAGAAGAAGUAGAUGACUUUAUCAGAGGUCAGCUGGUUGCUAAUCUACCAGGAGUUGGACAUUCAAUGGAAUCCAAGUUAACGUCUUUGGGAAUUAAAACAUGUGGAGACUUGCAGUAUAUGACCAUGGGAAAACUCCAAAAGGAAUUUGGCCCCAAAACUGGUCAGAUGCUUUAUAGAUUCUGCCGUGGUUUGGAUGAUCGGCCAGUUCGGACUGAAAAGGAAAGAAAAUCUGUUUCUGCUGAGAUCAACUAUGGAAUAAGAUUUACUCAGCCGAAAGAAGCAGAAGCUUUUCUUUUGAGUCUUUCAGAAGAAAUUCAGAGGCGACUUGAAGCCGCUAACAUGAAAGGUAAACGCCUGACUCUCAAGAUCAUGGUGCGAAAGCCAGGGGCCCCUGUUGAAACAGCAAAAUUUGGAGGCCAUGGAAUUUGUGAUAACAUUGCUAGGACUGUAACUCUGGACCAGGCCACAGAUAGUGCAAAGAUAAUCGGGAAGGCCACACUAAACAUGUUUCACACAAUGAAACUAAAUAUAGCGGACAUGAGAGGGGUUGGGAUCCAAGUGAAUCAGUUGGUUCCUUCUCAUCAGACACCCCCGUCAUGUCCCAGUCACCCAUCGUUGCAGUCCAGCCACCCCUCUGGUGCAUCACACUCCCUCAUUGACCUCUUCCAAGUUCAGAAAGCUAAGAAAGCCACAGACGAGGAGCACAAGGAAGUAUUCCUGGCAUCUAUGGAUCUGGAAAUAUCAUCUGGGUCUAAAGCUUGUCCUUUCUUGCCAUCUCUUUCUACACAUCUGACAUCGACCAUCAGUCCAGUUUCUAGUAAAGCCGAGUCUUCCAUGAGAUGGAAGGGUCUGCAUUCUCCUAUCAGUUUGAAAUCAAGACUUAACCUAAGUAUAGAGGUCCCAUCACCUUCCCAGCUGGACCAGUCUGCUUUGGAAGCACUUCCACCUGAUCUCCGGGAACAAGUAGAACAGGUUUGUGCUGUUCAACAAGAGCUACGUGGAGACAAAAAGAAGGAACCAACAAAUGGCUGUAAUACAGGAAUACUACCACAACCAGUUGGAACAGUUUUGUUACAGAUACCAGAACCUCACGAAUCUAGCAGUGACACGGGAAUUAAUUUAAUAGCCCUUCCAGCAUUUUCACAGGUGGACCCUGAGGUGUUUGCUGCCCUUCCUGCUGAGCUUCAAAAGGAGCUGAAAGCAGCAUAUGAUCAAAGACAAAGGCAGGAGGAGAGCGCUCAUCAGCAGCCAGCCAGCAUAUGUGUGCCAAAGAAUCCUUUGCUUCAGCUAAAAGCAGCAGCAGCGAAAGAAAAGAAACGAAACAAGAAAAAAAACCCCAUCAGUCCCAAGAAGAAGAUUCACAGUCCUUUGAAAAACAGGCUGCUUGGUAGUCCUGCAAAAUCUGUGCCAGGGCCCUGCACGAGUCCCCAGAAGUUGAUUGAUGGCUUCCUGAAACAAGAAGGUCCUGCAAUUGAAAAACCCCUGGGGGAACUACCUGCUUCCACCUCAGGGGAGCCAGGUGUUACUGACACGCAGGCUGAGCUGUCUGGCUCCAUGAGACCACCAGCACCCAAUCUAGCUGGAGCUGUUGAAUUUAAUGACGUGAAGACCUUGCUCAAAGAAUGGAUAACUACUAUUUCAGAUCCAAUGGAAGAAGACAUUCUCCAAGUUGUGAAAUACUGUACUGAUCUGAUUGAGGAAAAAGAUUUGGAAAAACUGGAUCUAGUUAUAAAAUACAUGAAAAGGUUGAUGCAGCAGUCAGUGGAAUCUGUUUGGAAUAUGGCAUUUGACUUUAUUCUUGACAAUGUUCAGGUGGUUUUACAACAAACUUAUGGAAGCACAUUGAAAGUUACAUAAAAUAUCACUAGUGCGCUGUGCCAUAAGUGCUUGUGAGGUAUUUGCAAAGUGCAUGAUAAUAAUGCUGAGUUUUUAUAAUUUUGAAUUUUUUUUAAGCAAGUGUUUUGUACAUUUCUUUUCAGAAAGUGCCAAAUUUGUCAGUAUUGCAUGUAAAUAAUUGUGUUAAUUCUUUUACUGUAGCAUAGAUUCUAUUUACAAAAUGUUUGUUUAUAAAGUUUUAUGGAUUUUUACAGUGAAGUGUUUACAGUUGUUUAAUAAAGAACUGUAUGUAUA